AUGGAGGACUGCCAGAUGUUUACUGACGUCCACUCCAAGGAGAUUCUGUCCACAAUGAACUGCUUGAGAAAAGCUGACAAGCUCUGUGAUGUUAUCUUGAGAGUGGACAAGAAGUGCUUUCCAGCUCACCGAAUUGUCCUUGCGGCCAGCAGUGACUAUUUCAGUGCAAUGUUUACAAAUGGGAUGAAGGAGCAAGACAAGUUGGUGAUAGAUCUUCACGAGAUUCCGUCCAGCAUGAUGGAGAUACUGCUAGACUUUGUGUACACAGAAACGGUUGAAGUUAGCGUAGAAAAUGUGCAGGAGUUGUUGCCAGCGGCUUGUUUGCUGCAGUUAACAGGAGUGAAGAAUGCCUGCUGCCGGUUCCUCGAACGACAGCUGGAUGCCAGUAACUGCCUGGGUAUAAAAGUGUUUGCCGAAAGUCACAGCUGUCAUUCCCUGCUGCAUGCUGCAGAAAGGUUCUCUUUAAGGCACUUCAAUACCGUUAUAGAGAAUGAAGAAUUCAAAACCAUGCACUUUGAAGAAGUGGAAUCCUUAGUAUCAAGCGAAGACUUGCAGGUGAAGAGUGAGGAGACUGUCUAUCAAGGUGUGGUUACAUGGGUUAAACAUAAUGAGCCAGCUCGGCUCAAGUACUUGCCCCAGCUUCUCAGUCAUGUCAGAUUACCUUUGCUGUCUGUGAAUUAUAUUACAGAUGUUCUUGACAGUGAGGUGCUAAUCAGGACAAGUCAUGCGUGUAGAGACCUUGUCGAUGAGGCCAAGCGGUACCACUUGCGACCAGAUCUGAGGGACAAGAUGAGUGGUCCAAAGACAACACCUAGAGCUGGAACUGACAGUAUCCUGGUUGUGCUGGGAGGUUUUGGUGCUCAUCAGAAUCUCGUGGACACAGUAGAAAGCUUCUGUUCUAAAACAGACUCUUGGACCAAACUGCCAAACUUAACCAGAAAGAGACGGUAUGUGUCGGCUGCCUCUGUGUCCAACAAACUGUAUGUUGUUGGUGGGUAUGAUGGGCACUCUAGGCUUAGUCUGGUUGAGAAGUUAGAUUUUACUGUGGAGAAACUUCAGUGGGAGACAGUGACAUCCAUGCAUCAGCGGAGAGGCUUGGCCGGCAUUUGUUCGUCUUCUGUGCAAUGGACAAUGCUUAGUGCUAUGGCAAUUGGCCGGGAAGGGGCGGGUUUAGUUGUUGCUAGUGAUAUGAUAUAUUGCAUUGGGGGUUAUGAUGGAACUCACCUGUUGUCUUCGGCCGAGUGCUAUGACCCACAGAUGGAUCAGUGGAGCAAUAUACCUCCAAUGGCCAAGGAGAGAUCUGGUGACUAUGCUGAUUUCAAUAACGUGAUUUACGUUUGUGGUGGCUAUGAUGGAACUGAGCACUUAUCCAGUGUGGAGAGCUACAACCCAAGGUCUGGACAGUGGUCAACGGUCACCAGCAUGCAGGUUCCCCGGUGCUAUGUUGGAGCUUGUGUCUUUCAAGGAAAACUCAUGGUGGUGGCAGGAUAUGACGGGAAAACGCUCCUAGACACAUUAGAAGUGUAUGAGCCUCUGCAAGGGACCUGGAAAAAUGUUAGCAAAAACAUGACAAUAUCAAGAUGUGAUGCUGGUGUUACGGUUAUUCGACCUGUGUAG